AUGAGAGGACGGCCUCCAAAAAAAUAUUGGAACAAAAUUGCGGCUGAGUUUACCAUUGGAGCAAAAAAAAAUCCAGCAAGACGAAGAAUUAUGCUUGACAAACUAUUGAGAAUGUGGUCACUUAUAGGCAGCAAUGCUAAACUUGCGGACAUAUAUCUUGAAGAAAUUGAUAAUUCUCUUAGAAUAGAUCUCUUCGCAAUAUUAGAACCAUGUCCCAACUAUAAAUAUCCACCUUUAUCAGCGAAAGAUUUCUUAGUUGGAAUUGUUGGUAAAUAUGGAACUAGAUAUGGUGCAUCACUAAGAAAACAAAUUAAAAAAAUGGAAAUAACCCAACACGCAAAAUAUACUUGUGCUUUUUGUGGAAAGGACACAGUGAAAAGAAAAGCAGUAGGAAUUUGGAAUUGUAGUGCGUGUAAAAAAGUAUUAGCAGGUGGGGCAUGGACUGUAUCAACAACAACUGCUGCUACUGUUCGUUCUACUGUUCGUCGUCUUCGUGAAUUGAUGGAAUCUUAA